CGCAGCGACGAACUGUUUGUGGGUGGUGGAGGAAAUGAGGUGGGAGAGAAAAGCUCUUAAGGUGUGGCCAUGAAACGUCAGGAAGAAGUAUUAAACUCGGAUCCGAACGCAGCCGGGAAGUUUGGAGUGUUGGGUUUUUAAGAAGUUAUGGAACGAAUAACUGCGCUUCUUUUUCUUUUACAGGCGACAGUAACUGUUGUCAACACAGGUUCACACUCAAUCUGGGUGUUUGCAACACUUAUUUACGGGCAGACCCAAUUCCCAGAAUUCAGUAUUUUGGCAUUUUUGGAUGAUCUUCAGGUGCUGUACUAUGACAGCAACAUCAAGAAAAUGAUCUCUCGAAGCCAACCAAGCUCCACAAAGGGAGUUCAAGAUAUUAUGCAUCUAGGUGCAAACAUUGUGGUAGAAGGCAUUUACAGUGGCAUGAAACGUCCCACACAUGUAAGGUUCUUUGACAGUCACACUGAAGGAGUUCAUGUUCAUCAGAGGCUGGCUGGAUGUGUGCUGGACAAUGACAAGCCCAGUCAGGUCAUGCUGUGGGAUGCUUAUGAUGGAACAGAAGCGAUACAUUAUGACACGCAUAAUCGCACAGUCAGCCCUUUAUGGCCACAGCUUAUAUGGACCACAAAGCAAGCAGAGAUUGUUCGAAUGCGGUUUAUAGAUAUUUAUCAGCCUAUAUGUAUCCAAAUACUGAAGUACUAUCUGGAGAAAGAAAAGAAUAUUGUGCUUAGAAAAGAGAGGCCCAGAGUCAGACUAAUCCAGAAGACAUGCAGGGAGACUGGAGUGGUGAAGGUGAGCUGUCUGGCCACUGGCUUCUACCCCCGGCACAUCAACCUGACCAUGCUGAGAGACGACCGUCCCAUUCCAGACGAGGAGCUCAUUUUCGGGGAGGUGUUACCCAACGGAGACGGGACUUACCAGACGAGGAGAACCCUUAGUAUCAGUUCGGAGAAAGCGAGAGAGAAACACCGUUACACCUGCUCUGUCACACACCUUGCUCUGGACAACAAGCUGGACAUCAACUGGGAACCAGGUGAAGGUGCUGAUGUUGCAGUCAUCAGUUCUGUGGUUGUAGUGCUGGUUCUGGUUCUGGUUCUGAUCUUUGCCAUCGCUGCGUUUAUCGUCUAUAAGAAGAGACGCAGAGGCAUCUAGACCUCCAUUGGAUACUUUCUUGCUAAAGAACUUUGGCCAAGCCAGUGGACGAUUCACCACCCAUGAACAGUGAACUAGUGCUACAGAGGAGAAGACGGAUCAGCACUGCAUCCCAUCUCUACUAAACUACAGAUAAGCUUAGAGAUCUCCACCAUAAUCCUAAGAAAAAUCAUACCAUCCGGGUAGAUGGACAUUGGACACUAUUUUAUUUUGAAACUUAUUAUAGAAGCAGAGCUCUGAUAUUUUUGUUUUGUUUGGAUUAUCCAAUUGUUUUGACUAUAUAGCUUUGUAUAUUUGCAGAUUUAAAUAGAUCACUUCAAAUACGUUUCCAUCAUUUUUAAUGGAAAAAUCAGAUAUUUAACUAAUUCAAUUAAGGUUAGGGUAAUGAAAGUUGAGUCUGAGGGUUGAGGCAAUUCACAGCUGUGUUCAGCAGCUUAAAGAAAGGUUAGGACAUGGAUUUGUUUUUGGAUGAGACAAAAAUUUUCUCUAGUAGCAUGGCCUAUGGCCAGUACCUAUGACCAUAAAUAGAUUUAGAAUAUAUUCAUAUUUUUUUCAGGGAAAUGAUUAUUUUUUAAAUAACCUCAACCAUAUUAUUUUUCAUUUGUAUUAUUUAAUUCAUGAUUUUAGCUUUGUUUUUCAUCAAUUCUAAAUGAGUAAUUAGAUGUUUUCAAAAGUGCCUAUGCCUAAGUUUUAGGGCUCAAAUUAGGGUUAGGAAAAUUAGGAAAACAGCGAGACUGAGGGUUAAGGCGAGUUAGGCAGCUUGAAGAACAGUUAGUACAUGGGCUUCUUAAUUAUUUUGAAUCAGCCAAAUAUUUUCUAUAGUAGCAUGUGUACCUAUGGCCAUUGAUUACAAUAUAUAUUACAAUUACAAUAUAUACAUUUUCAUAUUUGAAAAAUGACUAACAUUUACAAAGCAUAAAUCAUCUGUUUUCAUAGCUUACAUUUUUUAAAAUUUAUUAUUUUAUGCAAUAAUCACAAUGAAAUUUUGAUGCACUACUCAUUACACUGUUUUACAGACCCAGCAACACCGGUGCCAUUCUAUGUUUGUAGUGUCAGUUCUGGGUCUGAUCUUAGGCAUCUCUGCGUUUGCUUCCUGUGAAGGGAAGACUGUUUAAGAGCCCAGGAGAGAGAGGUAGCGUUUACAGGGUCAUCAUGACUGGACAAAGUGGCCUCAAAGCAUUCCAAAAAAAUGAAAAGAUAACUGAAUUGUGUUGGCCAGAGGUGGUUGUGGCACAAAUAAACCUAACAGAGUGUUUGUGUCAAAGGCAAACACACACACACACACACACACACACACACACAAAAAGAUAUACAUAGCCUAUAGCAGUAUUUAUAUCCUUGCAUGGCAUUAGAGCUUCAAAUAGCUUUGUGUAAAUCCUGAAAUUUACACAAUGUUAUUUUAAUCCUGAAAAAAUAUCCAAAAUCCUAAAAAUAAAGAAAAUGUCUGCAGGUUGGCUGGCAGUGUGUAGUAGUGUUUAGUGAUCAUAAUUAUGUUGCAUUUGAAGAUAAAGUGGAAUACAGAUGUUUUCACCCGGCAAAACAUUCUGCAAAUGUUCAGAUACAAAUAAAAAUCUUUUGUUAAACAGG